GGCAAAGCCAGGCUGUGCGCGAGCUGCACUCGCUUCCGUGUUUGUGUGAUCGCGGAGUGCUCAGCCUGGGGAGCGCCACUGUCUCCACUCUUCCAUUCAUUUCGUGUCACGCUAAGCAGGAGACCAGCAGGAAAAAAUGCCGUAUGCUCCGAAACAUGUAUUCGCCAGUCUCCCACAGAUGGAGAGGGGAGUUGCAAAAGUGAUUGGCGGCGAUCCCAAAGGCAACAACUUCCUAUAUACCAAUGGGAAGUGUGUCAUCAUCAGGAACAUUGAAAACCCUGCUAUCGCAGACAUUUACACCGAACAUGCCCACCAAGUCACUGUUGCCAAGUAUGCCCCCAGUGGAUUCUACAUUGCAUCUGGAGACGCAUCCGGAAAGAUCCGUAUCUGGGACACCACACAGAAAGAGCACCUGCUCAAGUACGAGUACCAACCUAUUUCGGGCAAGGUCAAGGACAUCGCAUGGACAGAGGACAGCAAGAGGCUUGCUGUUGUUGGGGACGGACGAGAGAAGUACGGGGCAGUGUUCCUCUGGGAUACUGGCUCCUCAGUGGGGGAAGUUUCCGGUCACUGUAAAUUAAUCAACAGUGUUGACAUAAAGCAGACACGCCCUUACCGCCUCGCCACGGCCAGCGAUGACACCGUGGUUUCCUUCUUUGAGGGGCCUCCCUUCAAGUUCAAGUUCACAAUACGUAAUCACAGCCAGUUUGUCAACUGUGUCCGUUUCUCUCCAAAUGGAAAUCACUUUGUCACGGCUGGUGCUGAUGGCCAGAUUUUCAUCUUUGAUGGAAAAAGUGGUGAGCAUGUUGGCUCACUGGGUGAAGAGAAGGCCCACAAAGGAGGCAUCUAUGCUGUCAGUUGGAGUCCUGACAGCUCCCAACUGAUCUCAGCCUCAGGGGACAAGACGGUAAAGCUCUGGGAUGUCGGUGCAGGCACGGCUGUCACCACCUUCAACAUGGGCUCUGAUGUGUUAGACCAGCAGCUGGGCUGCCUGUGGCAGAAAGACCACCUCCUCAGCAUCUCCCUGUCAGGAAACAUCAACUACCUGGACAAGAACAACCCUGACCGACCCAUACGCACCGUCAAGGGACACAGCAAAUCCAUCCAGUGUCUGACCGUUCACAAACAUGAUGGGCGGUCGUACAUCUACUCAGGGAGUCAUGAUGGACACAUCAAUUACUGGGAUGCAGAAACUGGUGAGAACGACUGUUUCUCCGGAAAAGGCCACAGCAACCUGGUGAGCAAGAUGGUGCCCAACGAAGCCGACGAGCUGGUGACGUGCAGCAUGGAUGAUACGCUGCGCUACACCAGCAUCAACAAGAAGGAGUACAGUGCCUCUGAUGUGGUGAAGAUGGAUUUCCAGCCCAGAAGUGUGUCAGUAGCCUCAGGAGGACUGUCACUGGCCGUGUGCAUCGGGCAGAUUGUCUUGCUGAAGGAUAAGAAGAAAGUUUUCACAUUAGAUAAUCUCGACUACGAAGCAGAGGUGGGAGUUAUCCACCCUGGUGGCACCACUGCUGCAGUGGGGGGAAAGGAUGGAACAAUCCGCCUGUACUCCAUUCAGGGCAACACUCUGAAGGACGAGAGCAAAACAAUCAAGGUCUCAGGGCAGAUCAUGGACAUGGCCUACUCUAAUGACGGAGCUCAUCUGGCCGUCAUUGAUGAGAAGAAAGUCGCCACAGCCUUUAGUGUGGCAGACGACUACUCGGUCAAAAAUGAGUUUUACGGACACCAUGCCAAACCAGUGACUUUGGCCUGGUCACCUGACAAUGAGCACUUUGCAACUGGCGGGAUGGACAUGAUGGUGUAUGUCUGGACGGUUGCAGAUGCAGACAAGAGAAUCAAAAUCCCAGACACUCAUCGGCUGCACCACGUGAGCGGCCUGGCUUGGAUAGAUGAGAACACCCUAGUGACCUCCUCCCACGAUGCCAGCGUCAAGCAGUGGACUAUUAUAUACUGAACUGCAGGCAGACACACAUCCACAUCUCCCGAGACAAGGACUACUGUAGAAUCCUAAUUCUUUUUUUCUUCCUUUUUUUUCUUUUUUUACUGUAUUUUCACUAUCUAAACGCUGUUCUAUGCUUUCUGUUAACAUCUGAAUUGUAAAUGCUUAUGGAUUGGGAAAGGCUCCCAAAACAGUUAUCCUAGAUGAGACUUACUCCGGGAUGAAAUGUACAAUGUAACCACGAGUGCUUUUACAUCUCUUUGAGUUUCAUGGACCCAGAACAAACAUUUGUAAGCUCAACAUUCCAUAGGUAAUAGCCUUCACUCAGUUUAAACUAAAAUUCUUGUCUGUAGUUGGGCUCAAUGUAUCCCUAAACGGUGAACCAAAUUUUUGUUUUCGUUUUUUAUCGGAAAAAAACGGUGUUUUGAAAGAAAUGAAACCUUUUGGUUACAUUCCUAAAAUUAGAAGUAACUGGUCAUCACUGCAGUUGCCUAUGUCAUAUUUUAUUUUCAAGGUUUUAAAGGGGGUGGGUGUUGUUGAUUUGUUUGCUCUGUCUUAGGUUUCUUUUUCUGAUUUAUAACUCUUCCUGUCGGAGUGGGGAGCAAUAAGUGGGACUGAAAGAACAAAGUAUGUAUACAAUCAAGAUGUUGUGUGUUCAGUUGACGGUCCUGUGUUGUUGCUGUGUUGUAUGGGCCCACUAUCCUUGUCUCACUUGUUUGUCUUUUUUUCCAUAUCUUUAUGCAUCUGCUUCCAAAGUGGAAUUGAUUCAUUCAUAAUAAUAUUAACAACACUUUUUAUGCAUUUUUGGUUUCAUGCAUAUUUGCACUUACUUUAAUUCAUCGAAAAAGAAAGAUCAAGGUGUUCAGGAACAAGCUGAACUCUGGGCGUUGACCUGUAGGGCUCCCUCUAGUGGGGUGCAAAGACGGAGAAGCAAAUGAAAAAGCCUCAGUAACGGGCGUCUCUUCCAGGAUUUCCUGGUAACUCGGUGAGUAAAUUGGACAUUAUACAAUUGUAAUUUAUCCCUGGAUUCAACCAUAGACAUUGUCACUUCAGUGGCUCCAACUUAUCUUGUCUUCUUUUAUUCUAAACUGUUGAAUAAAGCAAAAAUGAGAAGAAGAAAAUGAUCUUUAAAAAGGUGGCUCUCUCAAAAGUACUAAGAGUCUGGUGCCGAACUAUUGGCCCAGGUUUUUUGAAUGCUGUAAGAAACAUUGAUAUGAUUUACCUGCAGUGAUAUGAUCACACCUGUUCAAGGGAAAUAAAAAAAAAUAACUCACA